AUGCCAUCCUUAUUCCAAGUUCCCAAGCGACUAACACUAGCAAACAAAGGCUCGGUAGCUAGAGACCACGUACGUCCACCCCAACAUCCUCCACCCUCGACCACACCGUACUAACUUCGACUUACUUCAGUUGGCAAACGAGAGAACGCUCCUAUCAUGGACGAGGACAUCGCUUACGUUCCUCACGUUCGGCGUGGGCUUCAUGCAAUUUUUCCGUCUCGAGCAAAAAACCCAAUGCUCAGACCUUGCCCAGCCCCUACCUCCGCUGGCGUCGCUUUACGACCACGACGUCACCAGCAGCGUGAUUGCGCUAUGCCGGCCCAUUGGCGCAAUGUGCGUCAUCAUGGGCAUCUUGACCUUGAUCUUUGGCGGCGUGCGCUUCUUCCACGUCCAGCUGAUGUUGUUGAAUGACCAGUUCCCCAUUUCGCGGUUUGCUGUGGUGGUGCUAAUUUUGAUCAAUUUGGCGAUUUUGAUCUUGCUUUUGGUGUUGAAUUUCAAGCUUAGUUUAUAG